AUGAACUUGCCUCCUCCAGUUGCUAAAGAUGCAUAUAAUAAGAAUCUGAUCCAAAUUGAAAAGGCUGCGAAAGUCAAUGCCGAAGAUAUUAUGAAAGAUGCUGCCAAAAGAUUGCGAGAACGAUUGCUUGUGUAUCAGUUACUGUUGACGGUACAUGGCAGAACAGAGGUCACUCCUCAAAAAUAGGUGUGAUCUUUGUUAUCUCUGUGGAUACUGGGGAAAUUCUGGACUAUGAAGUAAAGUCCCUUUUCUGCCGUGAAUGCAAAGUUCAUAAUAGUCAGGAUUCUGAAAGCAAGGAGUAUAAAGAUUGGAAGGAUGCUCAUGAACUGAAAUGUGAGAUAAAUCAUAAAGGAUCGUCUGAAGAGAUGAAAGCUGUGGCUGCUGUAGUAAUUUUUAGCAGAAGUAUAAACACGUACACUAGACAGUUGAAGUAUUCAACCUUUGUCGGGGACGGAGAUAGCAGCAGUUUUGGCUGGGUCAAGGAGGCACUUGAAAGAUAA